GCUGGUCCAGCUUUCUUGAGCCGCCCCCUGCUGAGCAGAAUAACAUGGAGCCGCAGUCGUCGUAUCCUCCUCUGUUUCGCCAGCCGAGAGACUCGGCCCCGGCCGUCGACCCAGACGGCGGCGACUCCCGGACGGCGACGAACCCGAUCCACGAGCCGGACCCGAUCCCGGUCGUGGAUCUCCAGCGCCUCGACGUCGAACCGGAGCGGCUCGGGGAGGCCUGUCGAGAGUGGGGGAUAUUCCGGGUGGUCAACCACGGGGUCCCUCUCGAUCUGCUGACCCGACUCAGGAGCCAUGCGAGGCGGCUCUUCUCGCUCCCCUUCGAGUCCAAGCAGGCCCUAUUCACGACCCCGGUGUCCUACUUCUGGGGCACCCCGAUCCUGACGCCGUCCGGGUCGGCCCUCCUGGGUGGCGCUCAGGGCGUGAACUGGGUGGAGGGCCUGAACGUCCCGCUCGGUAAACUCUCGCUCUUGGGCGACGAUGAUGGUGACGGGGACGGUGAUGACGAGGAAGUGACUGUGCUGGCUAGUUUGAGGGAUCUCCUACAAGAGUAUGGAGUUCACUUAGCAAGAAUCGCUAAGCUCUUAUUUCGAGCCAUGGCUGAAGACCUUAGGCUUGAUCCGACACACUCGAAGAGUUAUCUAUCGGAGCCAACGGGAUUUUUACGCUUGUAUCGCUACCCGCAUUGCGCGAAAGCCGACGGCGACACGUCCGGUAUGGAAGCCCACAGCGAUAGCUCUGUGCUCUCCAUCUUGUGCCAGGAUGAGGUGGGCGGGCUGGAGCUCUACAAAGACGAGCAAUGGAUACAAGUACAACCUGCCCCCGACGCUCUUAUCGUAAACGUAGGCGAUAUGUUGCAGGCUAUGAGCGAUGACGAGUACAUAAGUGUGAAGCACAGAGUGAAGGUAAAGAAACCACAGGAUCGAACCUCGGUGUGUUACUUCGUGUUCCCUGGCCAGGACAGCGUGAUCCGAAGCUCAAAGUACAGGCCGUUCACAUACCGCGACUUCCAGGCACAAGUGCAGCAAGAUGUCAAGACCCUCGGGUUCAAAGUGGGGCUGCAUCGGUUCAAGCUCGAUUAAUGGAUCGUCCCUUUCUCGUCUGCCGUCAGUACUAAUGAAUUGUACAUGUCUCCGCGAGGCUCUCGUGUGACGAACAGUUAUCAAAAGGAUCAUGUUAAGCAACAGUAACGCAACAAGGCAAAAGAGAGAAGAAAGAAGACUGUGAUGCAACUGAUAGCUUCGAUUUGUCGGGUUAAUGUUACGAUUAACAGUAGAUUUUUGUCAUAUAACGUGGACUCUCUCAUCCAACAUGAAUGGUGUCUAUUACUCGUUAUUGAUGGAAGAGAUAUGGUCAUAUAAUUGUUUAUCUUGCCAUAAACACUUCGUGUUUUUAUUCACCGACAGUCAAUUGGUGCCCUAUUGAUAAAGAAGAAAUUAAGUUCAUCUUGGUAAUUUUGUUGCCUAA